CGCGUGUAGACAACUCUGGUGUCGAAUAUAGCAAAAAUUGUUGUAUAUGUUCAGGUGAAUAAAUAAGCCCAGCCUGGGUCGUUUACGGUCGCUCCUCGAUUCAGGCAUGCCACUUUUUGUGUAGGAGCAGAGGGCGAGACGGUCGUGCAGGCGGAUUAGUAUCAUUUGGGUCGGCUGGCCGUCCAGCCACGGGAUUGCUAAAAAAAUGAUCUAAAAACGGUAAGAAUGCCCUACUCCCCUAUUUUUGAAUGGCAAACGAGGAUUAACAUCACUACAGAAAAAUCCCAGGAAUGAAGCGAACAAUACCAUUCGACUAGGAUGGUGAGAUGAAUGCAUCUUUGUCUGUGAUUGCCUGAUGUAAAAAUCGGUGCAUAUUCACGCGUGUAAGUCGAAAACGUAUUCCCCUUUUGUUAGUGUGGUACGAGUAAGACGCACAGCGAACACCAUACUUUUGAGAGUGUGGUGUCCGCCGAGCCAAAUAUCGUUAUGUGCUCGUGUUUUCCCCUCGUUAUAAUGGUCUCGCAUAUUUAUCCGUGGGUGUAAGAAGUUUACGUGUAUUCACAUGCUCGGUUAUGGCGCUCUUUUUUAGUUAUUCGAUUAUGAGUCUUAUUUUCGUAAUAACUAAAACGAAUUUCGGAGUUUGUAUGUUAUGUAGUAUAAACCGCGAUUGGUAAUUAAAAACUUGCACAGAGCGCUCGAGAUUAGCGGAAAGCCAGUUGACGUUCAUAAUGUUUGGAAAUGGUGCUAAUGGACGUCAUUUCUGAACGGCUCGACGAUUAUAUUAUUCUUGGCCUUGAGCGCCGCGUGGUCUAUGGGGUGGCAGGAUGCUAAAAACGUUGGUGCAGCAUUAUGCAUGCCCCAGAGUGCUUGAAUUGUUUCGCAUAAUAUUAUCUGUAUGUGGUAGUCAGUAAAAUUCUCUUCCGAGGCAUGUAACUCAGCAAUGAGAAGGUUUUAGGUCUCGAAGGAAAGCGAUGGGAAUUUCGCCGAACGGUAUUAGGAAUGGCUAGUUCAGUUCAAAACCUCUUUCAAGUGUGGAACACUCCCCCUCCCUUAAUUGAUUUCUAUUAGCUCAGCAAUUUGUGCGCUUUCCAUAGAUUACGGCAGUAAACUAGUGGCCCCUUUUUGUUGACAUCUUUGUCAUCCGCGACUGCCGCAGAUGUCGCGCAUUCGCGGCCAAACGGGUGGCGACGGCGGGCUGGGCGGCGUGAGGGGCUGGUGAUGGUGAAAAGGCUCAGAAUAUAAUCUGGGCGUGCGUAUGCUUAUCUGGGUUUGUCUGACCGCAAGGCCAUGACAGCCUGAGCUAUGUUAAGCGCCGGAGGCCCGCAGCACUGUGAGAUCGUUGACCCCUCCGUUGGCGGUGUUCUCACGCCACUUUGACUCCAAUUAUGCGUGGGAGUUCCGGGGGUUGCUGGUACAAGAGCUUUGAUGUAGGGAUCAAAGACAGACAGUGACUGGAUGUGUACUGGAUUCUGAGCCCUACAUAAAUAUUAAAGCAGUAAAGAAGUGUGGCCUUAUUAAACAGCUGGAUUGGUUGAGUGCCAAAACAGGGCACAAGAGCUUGAGCUGAGGCAUGGGAAGAGAUACAAAAGUUGUUGUGUCUGGAAUUCGAGGUUGCGGUAAGACAUCAAUUCUGGAACAUCUCAUCUAUGGGAAUGCUGCAUCAAGGAAGCCCCCAGAUCCAACGAUUGAAGACAUUUACAUGGCACAAAUUGAAAGUGAUCAAGGAACACAGGAGCGACUUAGAAUAUUUGACACUGCUGGAUUGGAUGAAAGUGUCAAGAGAUUCCGCGCCACAGUGUUUAGCUUUGCAGAUGCAUAUGUAUUGGUGUAUUCAGUUACAAGUGAGAAGUCAUUCCGGAUGAUGGAGGAGAUGAAGAAGGAUGUGGACAGAAAUAAGGAGCGCAAGGACUCUGUUAUUGUGGUCCUGGGAAAUAAAGCUGAUCAGAUAUCCAAUCGGGAAGUAGAUCCAACGGUGGCCCAGAUAUGGGCUGCAUCAGAGAAGGUCCGUCUGUGGGAAGUCAGCAUCAAGGAUAGAUGCACUUUGUUGGAGCCAUUUGCCUACAUUGUGGCCAAAUCAAGUCCUCCAGCAAGCAAGUCAGGUUUCCCUCACCUCAAGAUGGCCAUGCGAACAAAAAGUGAUCUAGGUCACUAGUGGUAGUUGGACUGUGUCUGACUUUUCUUUUAUGUGCUAUCUACUGCAUUUGCUAUAUAUUUCAUGAAUGCUGCUUUAGGAUUGUGCUGGCUGCUAGAGAUAUUGAAAAUGACAAUCUGUGAUGUAGCUCUUAACACUGUAUGUUGCUAUAUUCUGGAGGCUUUCCAGUAUUUUAUGUUAAAAUUUUGGGUGUGGCAGCCAUGGACAAAGUGUUUAUUUUGUUAAAUGUUUACUGUUUACUUUCAUGAGACCUGCUUGGUUUUUUGUGCAGCGUAGAAAUUAUGUUUGUUCAGAAAGUGUAAUUCUUUAUUUUAUUUACUCAUCUAUAAUUUACCUAUCUAGCUCAUACUUGUUGCAAACCAAAAACCUGGUAAAUAUCCUGCCAGUUUUAAAAAAUAAGUUCCCUGCUAGAUAAAUUUGGUGAGAGGUUGGUUGUCUAUGUGAUGAUGUGUCAGUAACACAGGAUAGUGUGCAAAAUAUUUAGAAGUCAGGGAUCACUAGCAUAAUAGAAAAGCCAAAAUAAAACAUGUUCAAAUUAGGAUAACAAUAGCAUUGAAAAUAGGUAACCCAUAUACAAGUUAGUGCUAAUAUGCUUAUUAGCAAAACUGGCCAGGCUUGAUACUAAUUAUACCUUGAUAUCAGGCUACAGCUAGGUUGAGCUAAUGGGCUGAUUAUGUCAGUUGUCAUGUUACAUCACUGCAGUGACAGCUUUGGAGUCAUGUAUCUAAGCAGCAGCCUUUACAGUUGGUCAGGCUGUGUGUGCCAUUUACAUCAUUAUACUUUUGUUAUGCAGUCAGGCCUUACAAAGUGUCCAUGGCUCUGCAACAGAUGUUGUGCAUAUUUUGUUUGCAUUGAUGCAACUGGUAUCAUGUGCUAUUCCAUGAACAAAUAUAGUUUUCUUGAAUGGUA